AUGGGCUUGAGAUUGUUGGCUAAGGAGACACCUGAUCACUGUCCAUUACUUAUAGAUUUUAAGCAGCCAAUGGUCUCACAUGGACCCUCACCUUUUCGUUUCCAGCGUAUAUGGUGUGAACAUAAAUCCUUUAUGUCUUGUGUUAAGGAAGCGUGGGUGGAUUGUAAUCAGGAUGUGGCAUUGGGAGGUCUACAUAAGUUGGUUGGAAAGCUAAAAAGGACUAAAGUGGCGGUAAAAGUGUGGAAUAAACAAGUCUUUGGAAGGGUUGACCACAUUAUAUCAGAGCUUCAGGAGAGAGUAGAGAUACUUGAAGAGUCAUUGCAAGAGGGGUUCUCGGAUGAGGUGGAACAGCAUUUUUUAGUGACCAACAUUGAGUUAGAGGAAUGGCAGAAGCGAGAAGAAAUUAGACUCUCUAAAGUAGCAAAGAAGCAGUGGCUUAGGAAGGGGGAUAACAACACUAAGUUUUUUCAUGCUGUGAUUGCCCAACAGCGAAAAAAUAGGAGGUUGGACCAGAUGAUGCUAGAGAAUGGAACUCAAUUAUCUUUUCCUCGACAAAUACAUAUGGAGGCAGUGACAUAUUUUCAGAAUUUUCUUACUGAAGAACACAUGGGGGCAGUACCAAAUUUAUCUAGUUUAAUUGAUGAUACCUUGACUGAUGAAGAGGGUCAAUACCUUUGUGCUAUGCCAACUGAGAAUGAAGAAGUGGUCGAAGCUGCACAGGAUUUCUUUGGAGGAAGAGAGCUUGAUCGGUUUUACACAUCCUCUUAUAUUGUCCUCAUUCCGAAGAUGGCUGUUUUACUUUCUAAAAUCAUUUCAGCUGAGCAAGGAGCUUUCAUUGCUAGAAGAAACAUUGUUGAAAAUAUCGCUCUUACGCAGGAGUUAGUACACUCUAUGAAUAAAAAGAUGCAAGGGAGGAAUGUGAUGGUUAAGGUGGACAUGUCAAAGGCUUAUGAUAGGAUAGACUGGCCUUUUUUGAGGUAUGUUUUACGAACUUUUGGCUUCCUAGAUAGAUUUUGCCGAUUGAUUGACCAGUGCAUAACAAAGAAUAGGUAUUCAAUUAUGAUGAAUGUCACCACUCAAGGAUUUUUCAAGUCCACGCGUGGUCUGAGGCAAGGUGACCCGCUCUCUCCCUAUCUUUUCAUUAUUAUACAGGAGGUUCUAACUAGACUCUUGAAGAAAAGCUUUGAUACUGGACGAAUUGGGAGAUUUUCUCAUCCUCGAGGUGCUCCUUUGGUUUCUCACCUUAUAUGCGCAGAUGAUCUUGUUAUAUUCACCAAUGGGUGUAACAAGUUGAUGAAAGGAUUAAUGGAAGUGUUGGCAAUAUAUGAAGAUUGGUCUGGGCAACUUAUCAAUAAAGAAAAGUCGGCCAAGUUUUUCUCAAGAAAGUGUUCUUUAGUGCAGAAAAGUGAUAUCAUACGAGAGACAGGGUUUAAAGAGGGCCAAUUUCCAAUGUUGUAA